CGCGCGAGCGAACCAGACACGCGCGGCGUCAAAGUGCACAGAGAAGUACAGAGAAAUAAACAGAGAAAGACACACCGAGUGAGAGACACUGAGAGACAGAGAGCGAGGUGUGAUCAAACAAAAUAAGAGAAAGACCCAACAGCUGCUUAAGAAAAACACAGACUCUAUUCACAGCCCAGACUUUAACAGAUUGAGGCAGCUGGAAGAUACAUUUACGAGUGCUAAUAAAAGUAAAGUCUGUUAACUGUUGGCAAAUGUGCGAACAAUGGCAAAGAUGUGAAGUGUAAGCGGCAUAGCAGAGUCGAAGGAGAAACCCAGGAAGUAUUGCACAAGCUUGCCACCAGAGAGUGAAUUUAUUAUAAAACAAAAACACAACAACAAAAUGAAUGCCAGCGAUGAAUGGACGCUCGUGGAGCAGACGGAGCCUGCACCACAGGAGGUGGAGAUGGAGAUGGCAAUGGAGAAGAAUGGCAGCUCCAUGAGUCUGCGAACACACCCCACAGUGGCAGAGUAUUAUGGCAAUAUGACUGCGUUCCUUAGCCUGGCCAUUUUCAUAGCCAGCCUGCUGACCAUCCUCAACAUCUGCAUCUACUCGACCACUGUGUCGCGUCUGAGGCGCCACCUUAACAAGCCACUGCGUACGCCGUCCAUCCUGAUGGUCAGCCUGUAUCCGAUUAUCUCGCUGGCCGCACUGGCUACCAUACUGGUGCCGUACUCCUGGUUUAUUUGCCACACGGUGAUGCAUGUGAUGUUCAUGGUGGGCGGGCCCAUAUUCCGCACACUGCUCUUCCGCUACGUGGACUCCGAGCAGAACUACGUGAAGGAGUCGGGCGGGGAGGCGGUGCAGCUGACAACGCCGCCCUGCUGCUGCUGGUGCCUCUGCCUGCCGAUGGUGGUGCCCACGAAGGCCAAGCUGUGCAUCUCCCGUUACAUGGUGUGGCAGAUGCCCUUCUGGCAGGGCUCCAUUAUGCUGGUGAUGAACAUCCUGUACUACCGGGACAUCCAGCUCUACCACCAAGUGAUGUACUUCUUCAUACCCUUCAUCAUCAGCUCGAUUGUCCUGGGCGUGUGGUCCCUCCAGAUCACGGUGCGAAUGAUAACGAAGCUGCGCGGCGACUAUCAGCUGCGAAAGAAGAUGUUCUGCCUCCAGCUGGUGGUGAUGCUGUGCAAGCUGCAGUAUCUGGUGCUCUACGAUCAGCUCGAUGGCAUCAAAAUGGGCGGCGAAUAUCCUAUCAAUCACACUGUCUACAAGCAAACCAUCAUCAAUAUCUUGAUACUGGUGGAAAUGGUCUUGGUCUCCAUGAUGGUGCAGAGCGCCUACCGCACACCCAUCCAAGUGCAGAUCGAUGAGGUCAACAAGGACAAGGAAAUCACUCGCAUUUGAGAGAGGGAGUUUUACAAACGGUUACAAAACAGUAGCAACGAAUUGUGAUAAUUUCAAUAAAGAAACUGUAGUUAAAUGUAGUCGGAAAA